AUGGCCUGUCCCUGGAAGUUUCUGUUCAAGGCCAGAUCCCACCAGUAUAACUUGACUGAGGAAAAGGACAUCAACAACAAUGUGGGGAAAGCUAUGGGUGCCAUCUCCAGUCCUUCGACACAGGAUGACCCCAAGUGUCACAGCCCCAGCAAACACCAGAAUGGAUUCCCACAACCCCUCAUAGGGGUGGCAAAGUCUCCAGAACCCCUGGACAAACUGCAUAUGCCUGCAUCAACUUGCCAGCAGUAUAUGAGGAUCAAAAACUGGGGCAGUGGGGUGUCAUUCCAAGACACACUUCACCAAAAGGCCAAAUCGGAUUUAGCCUGCAAGUCAAAAUCUUGCCAGGGGUCCAUCAUGAACCCCAAAAGUUUGACCAGAGGACCCAGGGACAAGCCUACCUCUGUGGAUGAGCUUCUACCUCAGGCUAUUGAAUUUAUCAACCAGUAUUACAGCUCCUUCAAAGAGGCAAAAAUAGAGGAACAUCUGGCCAGGGUUGAGGCGGUCACAAAGGAGAUAGAAACAACAGGAACCUACCGGCUGACGGGGGAUGAGCUCAUCUUUGCCACCAAGCUCGCCUGGCGCAACGCCCCCCGCUGCAUUGGCAGGAUCCAGUGGUCCAACCUGCAGGUCUUCGACGCCCGGAGCUGUACCACAGCCCAGGAGAUGUUUGAACACAUCUGCAGACACCUGCACUACGCCACCAACAGCGGCAGCAUCAGGUCGGCUAUCACAGUGUUCCCCCAGCGGAGUGAUGGGAAGCAUGACUUCCGGGUGUGGAAUACACAGCUCAUCCGCUACGCUGGCUACCAGAUGCCUGAUGGCACCAUCAGAGGGGACCCUGCCAACCUGGAGUUCACCCAGCUGUGCAUCGAUCUGGGCUGGAAGCCCCGCUAUGGCCGCUUUGAUGUGCUGCCUCUGGUCCUGCAGGCUAACGGCCGUGACCCUGAACUUUUCGAAAUUCCUCCUGACCUUGUGCUCGAAGUGCCCAUGGAACAUCCCAAGUAUGAGUGGUUCCAGGAGCUGGAGCUGAAGUGGUAUGCCCUGCCUGCUGUGGCUAACAUGCUGCUCGAAGUGGGUGGCCUCGAGUUCCCGGGGUGCCCCUUCAAUGGCUGGUACAUGGGCACCGAGAUUGGAGUCCGGGACUUCUGUGACACCCAGCGCUAUAACAUCCUAGAGGAAGUGGGCAGAAGGAUGGGUCUGGAGACACACACGCUGGCCUCCCUCUGGAAAGACCGAGCUGUCACAGAGAUCAAUGUCGCUGUGCUGCACAGUUUCCAGAAGCACAAUGUGACCAUCAUGGACCACCACUCGGCUGCAGAGUCCUUCAUGAAGCACAUGCAGAAUGAGUACCGGUUACGUGGCGGCUGCCCGGCCGACUGGAUUUGGCUGGUCCCUCCAAUUUCUGGGAGCAUCACCCCCGUGUUUCACCAGGAGAUGUUGAAUUACGUGCUGUCCCCAUUCUACUACUAUCAGGUGGAGCCCUGGAAGACCCAUGUCUGGCAGGACAAGAAGCAGAGACCUGGGAGAAGAGAGCUCCGAUUCCAAGUCUUGGUGAAAGCUGUGCUUUUCUCCUCUAUACUGAUACGUAAGAUUAUGGCGUCCCGAGUCAGAGUCACAAUCCUCUACGCAACUGAGACAGGAAGGUCAGAAGCACUGGCCCAGGACCUGGGGACCUUGUUCAGCUGUGCCUUCAACCCCAAGGUUCUCUGCAUGGAUGAGUACAGGCUGAGCAACCUGGAGGAGGAGCAGCUACUGCUGGUGGUGACCAGCACGUUUGGGAAUGGAGACUCCCCUGGCAAUGGCGAGACACUGAAGAAAUCCCUCUUCACGCUGAAAGAGCUCACCAACACCUUCAGAUACGCUGUGUUUGGCCUUGGCUCCAGCAUGUACCCACAAUUCUGUGCCUUUGCUCAUGACAUCGACCAGAAGUUGUCCCAGCUGGGGGCCUCUCAGCUCACCCCAACAGGGGAAGGGGACGAGCUCAGUGGGCAGGAGGACGCCUUCCGCAGUUGGGCCGUGCAAACCUUCAAGGCAGCCUGUGAGACGUUUGAUGUCCGAGGCAAACAGCACAUUCAGAUCCCUAAGCUCUACACCUCUAGCGCGACCUGGGAGGCGCAGAACUACAGGCUCGUACAGAACUCACAGUCGUUUGAACUCCACAAAGCCCUUGGCAGUGUGCACUCCAAGCAUGUGUUCACCCUGAGGCUCAAAUCCCAGCAGAAUCUGCAGAGUCCCAAGUCCAGCCGUACUACCCUCCUGGUAGAACUCUCCUGCAAGGACAGCCCAGGCCUGAGCUACCUGCCUGGAGAGCACCUCGGGGUUUUUCCAAGCAACCAGCCAGCCUUGGUCCAAGGCAUCUUGGAGCGAGUAGUAGAUAGCCCCAAGCCCCACCAAACCGUGUGCCUGGAGGCCCUGGACAAGAGUGGCAGCUACUGGGUCAGAGACAAGAGGCUGCCUCCCUGCUCACUCAGCCAGGCCCUCACCUACUUCCUGGACAUCACCACCCCUCCAACCCAGCUGCAGCUCCAAAAGCUGGCCCAGCUAGCCACAGAAGAGGCUGAGAGACAGAGGCUGGAGACCCUGGGUCAGCCCUCAGAGUACAACAAGUGGAAGUUCACCAACAGCCCCACGUUCCUGGAGGUGCUGGAGGAGUUCCCAUCACUGCGGGUCCCUGCUGCCUUUCUGCUGUCCCAGCUCCCCAUUCUGAAGCCCCGCUACUACUCCAUCAGUUCCUCCCAGGACCACACACCCACAGAGGUCCACCUUACAGUGGCCGUGGUCACCUACCGCACCCGAGAUGGUCAGGGUCCCUUGCACCACGGCGUCUGCAGCACUUGGCUCAGCAGCCUGAAGCCCCAGGACCCAGUGCCCUGUUUUGUGCGAAGUGCCAAAGGCUUCCAGCUUCCCAAAGACCCCUCCCAACCUUGCAUCCUCAUCGGGCCUGGCACAGGCAUCGCGCCCUUCCGCAGUUUCUGGCAGCAGCGACUCCAUGACUCCCAACACAAAGGGCUCAAGGGGGGCCACAUGACCCUGGUGUUCGGGUGCCGCUGUCCAGACGAGGACCACCUGUACUGGGAGGAGAUGUUGGAGAUGGCCAGGAAGGGCGUGUUACAUGAGCUGCACACAGCCUAUUCUCGGCUGCCUGGCAAGCCCAAGGUCUACGUUCAAGACCUCCUGCGGCAGCAGCUGGCAGGUGAGGUGCUCCGCGUGCUCCAUGAGGAGCCAGGCCACCUCUAUGUUUGUGGGGAUGUGCGCAUGGCCCGGGACGUGGUCCACACCCUGAAGCAGUUGGUGGCUGACAGCCUGAACUUGAAUGAGGAGCAGGUUGAGGACUAUUUCUUCCAGCUCAAGAGCCAGAGGCGCUAUCAUGAAGAUAUCUUUGGUGCUGUCUAUUCCUACCAAGUGAGAAAGGACAGGACAGCGGGGCAGACCAGCGAUGGAGAAGUUGAAGCUGCUGGAAUGAAAUAUAACAAUGGAGACACUGUUGAGCUGUGGUCCACGGCCCUAAGGAGAUAG